CCGAUUGUGAUGUUUUUUACAGGACCGCUUCAAGCGUAGACAACAUUUUUGGCUUAAUUUUAAGAUUUUCUUGUCUUGAAAUGGCAUAUCCAGACAUACACACUUGCAUGAGGUUGACCUCUGAGAAUGAGGAGCUACGUAUGAAGCUGGUCAAGGUAAAGCACCAGCGUGAUGACGCGGUUAGUGAAUUACGACAACUCAAGGAGGCCAACAAAGUCCAUGAGCUGCUCCGCAACUAUGUCACCACCAGAGACAUCUAUGUGCAGACAGAGGGUAGAUUGAGUUACCCCCCUUUGAACCGACCCGCCAAGAAAACAGGAGAAGAAAAUGAGGAGAAGAAAUCAUCCACGCUGCUGUCGAUGCAUUCAUCCCUGAUGAAGCGCUAUGAGAAGGAGGUGAAACAGAACAUGACACACAUCGAGACCAUCACCAACCUCAAUCUGGGCAUGAUAGAGUUGGAGAGAAAGUUGAAGGAGCGUACAGAGGAGGUGACGAAGCUAGAACGUGAAGUGAAGAUGCUGCAGAUACAGUCCAAGUCACAUGCUCGACGUCGCGACACCAACAGGGGGCGCUCUCCAGACAUGUCAGGUGAUGAGGAUGACGUGUCAAAGAUUAGGAAGGAGAACAGGAAGUUACGGAAGGAUCUGGACCGCCUCAAACAAGAAAUCAGUGGUCUUGAUCAUGGUUUUUUCGAGGAGAUAGAGGACAUUAAGUUUGCCCUGCAGCAGUCCGCCAAACUGAACAAGGUGUACGAGAAGACAUUACGGAAAUUAUGCAUGCAAUUUGGUGUUCCCUACCCCAACCCAGAACUGGCCAUACAGGGACACAGCUAGCAGCAGGAAGGGAACCAAGAGACAAGUGGGACUCACCUCUAACUCUACUGGGACUCAGUGGUCUGCUGUCACAAGUUAAAAGCAUUCUGUGAUAUGUCCAUUAACAAUUCAGAAAUUGUGUGGUUAUGAUUCAACAGCGUUAUAAAAUGCUUAUUUGUAGUAGAAUAUGUUGAAACUAGUACAUUUACUAUGCAAGAAGCGUAUAGAAGGUAUUUUAGUUGAGGUAAUCAUAAUGCCUAAAAGUUUAGUGUCUGGGCCCUGUGUAAAAUUUGGGUUAGUAGACUACAACUGUAGACGUUUAGGCAGUAUACUAUGCCAGCCAAUCAUACAAUUGUCUGGCAUUACAUGUAUUAUGUUUGAUGUUCACAUUUUUCAUGCAUCCAUUUUGUGUUAUUUAUUUAUGUAAAUUAUAUAUUUUACCUUUACCAUUAGAUUGUGAUACUUCUGUUAAUAAAUGCUAUGUUAUUUAA